UAUGGACCCCAGUGCAAGUCCAUUGGAAAAGGCAGCUGCAGUAAUGUAAUAGUCACCAGCAGUCCGAUGACAGUUCAACAGCUGGGCCCUGUUUCACCUCCUGCUAUUCAGGUUUCAACAACAUGCAGCCAGAGCAGCCCUAGCUUACAGAAGUCUAUGGAUGCUUCCAGUCUGAGUGCUUCUCCAUCAGAUAUAAGGUUGCUCGUAUCACGUGAGUCUCUGGCCUCUACGACGUUAAGCUUGUCAGAAAGUCAGCCCACUCUGAGCGCCAAGCAAGAGUGGUCACAUGGGUACAGGACACUUCCUUUUGCUCCUCCUGACCAAGGUUUACAAAAUGGCAGUGAGCUGGGGGACUCACUAAAUUUUUCACCUGGAACAUCUUUGUCCAGUACCUCCAUCUCUAACUUGUUACCGUCCUACUUAUAUGGCAUGGCCAAUAAGCAUUCCCCUUACUCUAGUCCUCGCCAUUCCUCAGUCCGGUCACAAUCAGCCUUCUCCAAAAAGAGAGCACUGUCUCUGUCUCCUCUGUCUGAUGGUAUGGGGAUUGACAUCAAUACAGUCGUCCAUACAUCCCCAACUUCUCGGGUGGCCUACAUCAGCAGCUCCAGGACAUCACCAGCAGAUGUCUCCUCACAGCCUGAGGUCUAUGGACAUUUUUUGGGAGUGAGAGGAGGCUGUAUACCUCAAAGUUGCUCUAUUCCAACCGCCCAGAAAGGCCUUCUCAUGGCUAAUGGCAACGCCACCUUCCCAGGGUAUUUUGAGGAUGAGGCUGGUGAGUACCAGCAGAUGCAGCAGCUGGAGCAAGCCAGCGUGGAGAUGGCUGCCACAAGCAACAUGGUGACCCAGCAGGCCGUGCCACCCGCGGACAGCCAGGCAGUGGGCAUCCUGAAGAACGAACAGCUGGAUGACUUCUCUGGCCAAAUGGCUGACAUGCUUCCUCCACCCUUGCUGCUGCCGCCACCACCCCCUCAAGGGCCACCCCCACCAUACCAUGCUCACCAGCACCGGCAUCCACACAGCCUCCCCAGCUGCAUUCACCCACUGCCUCUGCCUCCUUCUGCCCCAGGCUCUUUGCUCGAUGAAGAUGGUGAGCUAGACGACUUCAGUAGCAAGCAUGGCUGUCGAUGGGUUGACUGCAGUGCGCUUUAUGACCAGCAAGAGGAACUUGUGCAGCACAUAGAGAAGAUCCAUAUAGACCAGAGGAAGGGAGAGGACUUCACUUGCUUCUGGGCAGGGUGCCCACGGAGGUACAAGCCAUUUAAUGCCCGCUACAAACUGCUCAUUCACAUGAGAGUCCACUCAGGAGAGAAGCCGAACAAAUGCAUA